UUCCAGUUUUCAAUCAUUUCCAUCAAAGAUUCCCCAAGUUCUCUAUCACUGCAGAGAAAAUGAUGGAUAAUUCAGAUAUGUUUGAAGCAAGUGAUUGCUUCGAUCCAAACUCUCUGACUCAUGAAGAUGACAGUUUCCCACAACCUCAUGUCUCCAAUUUCCACCAAAUUCCCAAUUUCUCCGCCAUUGAAGCACCUGGAGACGAGCUUCAUCACCGGCAUCUAAUAACGAACAUGGAUAUUCAGCAACACAACUGGACUCAUAAUGAUCAGAUUCUUAUGGGGAAUGAUGACGAUUGUUUGCCUACUCCACCACCAGAUCUCCUCAAUCUCUUCCAGUUACCCAGAUGUUCCUCAUCAAUCUGCUUUUCCAACCCGACCCAUAUCGAUCAAACCACCAUGUACGACCCGUUAUUACCUCUUAACCUCCCUCCGCACCCUCCCUUCGUCAGAGAAUUGCUCAAUUCUCUCCCAAACGGCUUCAAUUUCUCGGGUUUUGGAGAAAUGGAUAUGGAAAGAGGAGAUCAAAAUCAAUUGUAUCAUGAUGGAGAUUCAGUUUUGGAGUUGGGUGAAAAAGGAAAAGAAACAAAACAUUUUGCUUCUGAAAAACAUAGAAGACAACAAUUUAAUGGCAAGUUUGAGGCCUUGAAGGAAUUGGUUCCAAAUCCCACAAAGGCUGAUCGAGCAUCACUGGUUGGAUAUGCGAUUGAAUACAUCAAUGAACUCAAAAGAACUGUGGAGAAACUGAAGAUCUUGGUGGAGAAGAAGAGAUGUAAUCCAAGUAGAAUCAAAAGGCGAAAAACCCAAGAUGAUUCGACGUUAGAUGUAGAGAGUAUUUACACAAGAAGCAACGGCGAUCCUGCCAAUGAUCGAGAAGCCAUUAACGGCAAUUCAUCUUCUACAAUGAGAAGCUCAUGGCUACAGAGGAAAUCGAACAACACUGAAAUCGAUGUUCGGAUUGUUGACGACGAAGUUACAAUCAAAUUGGUGCAGCAAAAAAAGAUGAAUUGUUUGUUACUUGUUUCAAAAGUUCUUGAUGAACUUCAACUGGAUCUUCAUCAUGUGGCGGGUGGAGUCAUCGGAGAUUUCUACAGUUAUCUGUUCAACUCUAAGAUUUGUGAAGGGUCCUCUGUUUAUGCAAGUGCCAUAGCCAAUAAGGUAAUUGAGGUGGUGGACAAACAAUAUGCUACAUAAGAUUUAACAUGUUGUUGAGGGAAGACAAUAACGGGGGUU